AUGUCUGAUGAAAACGACAAGAAACAGCCGGACUAUGGUCUGGUCUCCGAGUUGGAUGGAACUGACUCCACACUCGAUACUAUCAAGGCUCUGGUAGUUGCAGAUCAUCAGCAUGACAUCAAGCUUCGGACGAUGUCCUGGCAGAAGACGGCCUGUUUGCUAGCUGGCGAACAGGUCUGUCUGGCCAUCAUGGCCCAGUCCUGGUCUCUCUCUGUGCUCGGAUGGGUUCCCGGAAUCAUUACUAUGGUCCUCUCCGGAUCGCUUUUCUGGAUAACCUCGAUCACGAUGCACAAGUACAUCAUGAAGCAUCCAUAUAUCAUGGAUAUAUGUGACUUCGGAUACUAUGUCUUUGGCCAAAGCAAAGCUGCCUACGUUUUCUCUUCAUUCAUGAUGCUAGCAAACAAUAUACUUCUCGUCGGAUUCCACGUCUUGACUGGCGCUAAGGUCUUGAACACCCUUUCGGACCACUCACUGUGCACUGCUAUCUUCUCGGUGAUUGCCACAAUUAUGGGAAUCGCCAUGUCCGCACCCCGGACUUUGCAGCACAUCAGUCUGAUGUCAAUGUUCUCAUCCGCCUGCAUGGGCAUUGCAAUCAUCCUAUUCCUCGUAUUCGCCGGUAUUGAAGAUGCCCCCUUCUACGGCUCCCAUGGUAACUACCCAACAGCCGGACCCGUGAGAACCUACGCCUUCCCUCUUCCCGGCACCACAUGGGUCGCCUGCAUGAACGCAGUCUUAAACAUCACCUUCCUCUGGGUCCCCCAAAUCCUCUUCCCAACCUUCAUCUCCGAAAUGGAGAAACCGCAAGAUUUCCCCAAAGCCCUAGCCGUUCUGACAGGCAUCUCCACCAUCCUCUUCAUUGUCCCCUCAGCCAUCGGCUUCCAUCUACUAGGCCAAUAUUCCACCGCCCCAGCCUUCGGCAGCCUGGGCGUAGUCGCCUACAAGAAAGCCUCCUUCGGCUUCGUCAUCGUCCCGACACUCAUCAUCGGCGUGAUCUACGCCAACGUGACGGGGAAAUUUAUCUAUACACGCAUCCUGGGCAAGUCCCGACACGCACACAGCCAUACCAUCACGGGGUGGGGUGUUUGGGGGCUGAUCAUGAUCGGUGUGUGGGUGAUUGGGUUCGUGUUUGCAGAGAUUAUUCCCAGCAUGGGCGAUUUCCUGUCCUUGCUCGGUGCGGGUUUCGACUCGUUCUUCGGAUUUAUUUACUUUGCUGUCGCUUAUUGGCAGCUGUAUAGGGGAUCGCUGUUCAGUGAUUUGGGCAGGACUGUAAUGACGUUAAUUCAUGUUUUCGUUAUGGUUGUUGGUCUGUUCAUUCUGGGGCCUGGUCUUUAUGCGGCUGUUGAGGCGAUUAUUGCUGAUUACUCGGGCUCUGUUACGCCGGCGUUUACUUGUGCCAAUAUGGCUAUCUAG